UCUUAUUUUCCCUGUUUGAGUGAGCAACAAAAUUUUUGCAAGUGGAAUUUCGCCGUCGAACGUGACAUUUAAUCGAUGUAGGCAUUCAAAUAUAAUUCAAUCGCAUUGAAUAGUGUAUUAAAAAAUUCUAAUGUAAAAUUUUACCUAAAAAGUAGUGAUCGUAGAUAUUACAAAGAAAAAUUUGUGGUAGACAUUUCGUUUACGAAAAUCUGGAAAUUGCUUUCGUCUAAAUGCACAUUACAUUGCAAGUAAUCACGGGCAACACAUUUUAAUUAUAUUAAAGUACAAUAGUGAAGAAAAUCGAUUUUUCGUGUGUGAUCAAAAAGAAAAAAAUUGGGGCACCUAAAUACAAUACGGUUCAGUUCAGUUCAAAUCACUUCGGCAUUUAUAAAGUGGGAGAGAAGCUGAAACAAGUGUUAUAAACAACCAUAAGGUUAUAUAAAAAAUACAAUACCUGAGUGCUGAGAGUAUAAAAGCGUAAAGAAAAUAUAAAUAAAGCGCAAAAGUAAAAAAAAGUGAAUAAACAACAUAACAGUAAACACAAAUAAUUAGCAAGGAAGAAUAAUAAAUUAAUGACGAAAGCUUGUGGAACUGCUUAAAAUAAAGAAUUGAAGUAUUUUAUACGAAGAGCUCUUCAAGCGGCAAACUAAACAUACAAAAAUAAAUUCUAUUAAAGGAAUGAUCAACUGUAUACACUGAAGAUUAUCUCAACCAUCACACUGUAGCAUUAUUGGAUUAUGCUUUUUGAAGACUUAACAUAAAUUUGAAAAUAUCAUAAUGUUGCAUUUUUCUACACGUCGCCGUGGAGUAUUUCUAUCUCCAUAAACAUUUAAUGUAAAAAAAAAUUUACAAAAACAAUUUGAAGUUGAAAAACGAAAAUCGAAAAAAUUCAGCAAAACUAAACUAAAAUUCAAGUAACAGAGUUCGCAAACACUUCUAGUCAAAUUGAAAGUUAACACAAAUUAACGCAGAUAUAACAAAGUUCAAGAAUAAAGCACCGUGCAGAGAGAGUGCGUACACCAAAAAAGCAGGCGCAUAGUGUGAGAGAGAGAAUAGUGUGGAAAUUGAGAUUCUGGGUGGAGCAAAAAAGUGCAAACUAUAUUAAUAAUAUAGUAGUUGUAAAAAUAAAAAGUAUUUAACGUCGUUGGCAAACUUUCUAAGCGUGUAUUUAGAAAAAAAUGCCUUACAAUCGUGACGCGUCCUCAGCUCAGGCUGAUAAAUUGAGCGGCAUCGAGGAGGAGAGCGACUUGUACGAGGGAUUUUCACCACACGUCGACACAGCAGAGAUAAAAAGCUUGGAUUUCUAUAAUCAAAAACCCUCGACUGGCAAAGAACCGGCCUUGCGUUCGUUCACUGAAAUCCAACAGCUGCUCCAGCAGGGCAAGAAGCGUGACGUGAAGAGUAUUCUACGUGAGAAUUCAUGGCCUAUUAAUUCGCCCAUUCGUGCACAAUUGUGGCCAGCACUAUGCGCUCAACAUCAGACGAAGCAGAAUAUGUUGGAUGGUUUCUAUUGGGACAUGGUGCAUCAGGUCUUUGGCACAACGGAGCUCUCUGAAAAACCCAUAAUGUUACCCGCCUUCGUCGAUCCCGCUCACUGUCUAACCUACCAUCUUACACGCACUGGGCGUUCGGUAGCCGAUCGCAUCGUGAAUGUAUUGGGCUAUGAUUGUCCCGAUAUCACAUACAGUCCAGUAUUGUAUCCGAUUACAUCGAUUCUGUUGCAUUUCAUGUCGGAGGAGGAAGCGUAUCAUUGUUUAGCAGCGCUUGUCGGCAGCAAGGAGAAAGUCUUUAUUAAACAAACCAAAUUACAGCAUGAAGUCACCUGGAAAACUGUGAUGCAAAUUGCCAAAAAACAUAGCAAAAAUGCCGUGACCUAUUUUCAACGCAUGUGCCCUGGUGUUAAGCUGGAACGCGUCUUCAUGGAUUGGUGCUGGUGGAUAUUAGCAGGUCUACCAUUUCAGCAUCUCGUACGCAUUAUGGAUUGUUACUUCCACGAGGGUAUUAAGGUGCUGUAUCGUGUGGCGCUCGUGAUAAUCAAUCUCUUCCACAAAGAGUGUCAAUCCAACAACGAAUGGAGUCCAGAUAAUAUUAAGAAUGACAUUGGUAAUGCGUUAAUUAAGUUCUGCAAGAAGAUACCAGUGUCACCAACGAAAUUAUUGCAUGCCGCAUUUAGUAUUAGGGGACUGAGUUCCACAUAUAUUUCUAGAAUAUUUAUGAAGACUGAAAUGAUACUAAAGAGCCGUUCCGUUUUGAAUAGCGGUUCAAAGCAAUUAGUUAAGUCGAGAUCCAGUGAUAAUUUGCCAUCGAGUCAAUCACAAGUCAAUAUACAAAUGAUGUCGCACACAUUGACCAUACGUGAGCGAUUGUACACCGAGACCUGUCGCAAUUUGGGCGAAAAAUCGCCUGGCCAUAGAGCAGUCGCUAUGGGUGUUUACCCCAUACACAAUCUAAAGAGUCUAGUUUGCUCCGGUGAAGAUCUCUUUACACUCUGGUCAUGGCUGCCCGUCAGGAUAACAAUGUAUCAGCCGGUACUGCUUUACACCACAGAGGAACACGGUUGCUCGCUGACCACCUUCUAUGUGCGCGUCGAGCAACACGAGCCCACGCUCAUGAUGAUCAAAACGUGCAAUAAUGAGGUCUUUGGCGCCUACUGCUCAACCCGUUGGUUCGAACGCAAUGUCAAAGAUGACAAAGGCCAGCGUCAGGCUUACUUUGGCACUGGCGAGACCUUCCUCUUCUCACUCUAUCCGGAGCGCGCCAAGUACCCGUGGGUCGGUAUUGAGAAUGAGAAGGAUUUGGGGCAUGCGUCGGAGCUUUUCAUGGCAGCCGAUUCGAAAAUGAUAACCAUCGGUGGCGGUGAAGGCCAAGCCAUUUGGAUGGACGAGAACAUACGAUUUGGCAAAACGGACAGUUGCAAGACCUUCAACAAUCCACCGCUCUGUCCCUCUGGUGAUUUUGAAAUACGUGUACUAGAAGUGUACGGCUUUGAUGGCAUCUAAGUAGUGUAUGCACGUACAAAACACAUGCAACAAACACACACACAGACACUGAACCAAAAAAUAAUCGUACACACCUAGCCGCAAAUCCGCAAUGUAUGUGCCACUUUUGUUGCAAAGUAUUUGUUGCUCGCAAUGGCUCAAUCCACCAGGCGUUAUAAAGCGAUUACUCUAUGUUUUUGUAAUUUUGUUUUUGAAAGACAAUGAGAGACCGCUGAUCGGGUCUUUUUGAAUGUUGCUUAGCGAAAAACAAAACAAGGGGGACAUGAAAACAGCACGAAAUAUUGUAAGCAGCACGCAGCGCGAAGCACGAUGUGUGUUCGAUUCGCCUACAAUUCAAUGCAGAGAAAAUUUUAAAUCUAAAACGAAAAUAUUUCAUUCGAAAUUGCCCGCCGAGAAUGUCUUCUUUUGCGUGAUGAGGAUGAUGCUGAUGAUGUUGACGGCUUUGCUGAUUCGGUUGUUGAUGCUAAUCAGCUGUUUUGUGGAGCAGCAUAGGUAGAGUGAGUUGUUCAAGGCGCAGUAUUUUACGUAUACAUAUAUUAUUACAUAUACCUAUACAUAUAACCUAUACAUUAAACAAGUAAUUCUCGUGGCUGGAUUGCCAACGCGCUAUUUGAUGAGUGUUAGUAGUAAACAGAAAUUAAUAGUAAUACAUAUAUACAUAUAUAUACCUAUAUAGUUGUAGUAACAAUAGCUGAUAUACAAAUAUAUAAUACAUGUUGUUGUAAAACGAAGCAGCAAAACAAAGAAAUACUCGGUGAAUGAAAUCAAUGCAAGCAGUAAAAUACUUUUAUUAUAAAAAAGUAGAAAUAAAUGAACAAGAAAUGAGUAGCGCAUGGCGUUGACAAACCAUAAACAAUAAAUUUGCAUAAUCAUUGUACGCGUUGGAAAAUGUUAGUUGCGCGCCUUGUGCUUGUGUGCCUGCAAACAAGCAGCUUAAAUACGAGAAAAUAUAAAAAUGUGAGACACAUGCUCCUAAAGACGACGUUAAAUUUGAAAUUAAGUAAUUUUUAAGUUGCCAACUGUGGACCCCAACUUGUUUACUAUACCACUUUGUUAACAAUUACUGUUUUUUAUUGCUUUAAAGCCAUUUGGUUGGUGAAAUGUACGAUGUAGUUCUUCCUAAUUGUGUAAACACAGCUUGCAUUUGGCAAAUGAAAUUGGCACACAUUUUGUGAAGCUCAGCUGAUUGCAGUAAAGUGCAGUGCAAAAAUAUGUUGAGACACAACAAUGCGAAAAUUGCCGUCGCCAGCUGAAAAAUGACAAUUACAAACAGCUGACAUAUAACAUUUACAAACAGGGUUGCAAAUUUUUAAUUCAAAGAUUUUGCAUUAUAAAUUAAUAUAAUAUGAAAACAUAUUGAAUUAAAAAUUGAAAAAAAAUAAAUUAAGAUUUUUUUUAAUUCAGAUUUUAUGAAUUAAAAAAUUAAAAUUUAAUUUAAUUUUUUUUUGUUUGAAAAAUUAAUAUGAAUUGAAAACAUAUUGCCUUAAAAAUUUAAAAUUCAAAAAAUUAUUUUUACUCAUUACUAUUUUUGGAUAAAAAAGAAUAAUUCUAAAUUUUUGGUAAAUUUUUUUUUGUAUUAAGAAUUUAUAUAAUUUGAGCCCGAAUCGAAUUAAAAGGUAAAAUUUCAUUUUUUAAUUCCGGUUUUGGGAUUAAAAGGGUUAAAUCCAAUUUUUAGGUAUUUUUUUUGUAUUGAAAAUUAAUGUUAUUUGAAAAAAUAUUGGUUUAAAAAUGAAAAAGAAAAUAAAUUUUUAUUUUGCGGUUAAAAAGAAUAUAAAUUCUAUUUUUGGUAGUUUUUUUGUAUUAAAAAUUAAUUUAAUUUGAAAUCACAUUAUAUUAAAAAUUAAAAUUGAACGGAUAAAAAGUCCGGAAGGAAGACAAAAAGAUUGAAAUACGUUUUUAAACCGGUUUUUUGGAUUACAUUUUCUUAUUUUUUAUGCGUGUUUUUGAUAAUAUUUUUUUCAAUCUGUUAUAUGGAAGUAAAGAUUUAUUGAGAGAAAGAAAACAAAUAAAUAAAUACAAUUUUUAAGAUUAAAAAAAAUGUUCCAAAAAAAAUAAUUCAAGUUUUAAUUAAAUAUUAUUUUUUAAUGUAUUAUUUGCAACCCUGCUAAAUAUGCACAUAUGUAUAUGAAAAAAAAAAACACUAAAAACACGAGCAACAAUUCAGCUUGGCUUUGAUGAGCCCUCUUACUUUUCACAACUGCUCAAACGUAAGCCUUUUGUAAAUAUUUUUUGAAUUCAUACACGUUUAGUAUUGAUUCUUACCUUGCUGAGAUUGUAAAAUGGUAAAAAUUAGCUUCAACUGAAUAUGUUUUACUUCGAAACACACAUUUUCUCUUAAAGCCUUCAAUUGAGCGAUAUCAAGGUUUGACAAUCAGCGUGAUAUAAAAUUAAUUUCUGUAAAAAGUAAUUAUGAAAACAGCAAAACCGACGUUUUGUGAUGCUCAACCGUAGAAAUUCUUACGUAAUUUAGUGAGCACUAGUAAUGCGUCUAAAUAAAGCAUAAGCUUAGUUAGCAUAACUAACGUUAACAAAUUUCAACUUAGAUAUGUAUGCAUAAAUGUUUAUAUAUUUAGUAAAAAAAAAACAAACGAAACACUCAAUUUAAAUGAAGGAUAUGAAAAACGUCCGACUGAUUUUGAUAUAACUUCUAUUGUAACCCUCAUUUAAGUUUAUUAUUAUUAUGUAACAUUAUUACAUUAUAUAAUAAUUAUUGCUAUCGUCACUAUUACUGCAAACACAACAGUUAUUGUUAUUAUUAUUAUAAUUAUUAUUGUUGUAUACAAGCGUUUUUUAAACAUUGAAGGAAUUGUAUAGCCGCAACUGAAGAAUUGUGUUGUUAUUGGUUGAGAUAGAUGUUCACUGUGUUGUUAAAGGAAUUUCCGUUACUUUAUUUUUUAAGUUACCUAUGUAUGUAUGUCAUUCGUUCUUGUGAUUACUUGUAAAAUGUGACAAGAUUACAAUGUUGAUUACUUUUGUGAACUCGCAUUGAAUUAUGAUGAACUGCUCAAUUUUUUCGAGCGCACUAACAAAUUAUAAAAGCACACGCAAAUGUACAUAUGUGCGUGUAUAUGUGUAACUUGUUAUUUCACAAGUUGGUUUUUUUUUUGAAAAUGUCUGUUGAAGUUUUGGAUUUUGUUAAUACAAAAUAAACAUAAAUUUAAACUUUGACUAAAUGAUAGGACUUUUUCCAUGUAUGUAUAUAGCAUGAUAUUUUUUAAUAUUUUGCCUUAAGCAGCUAAAUCUAAAAGCUUGAAAAGGCGAUAUUCUAUUAUAAAAUUUUCUGCACUACAAAAACGCUUUGUAUAGUUUUUCCAUAAAAACAUUGCUUUAAAAGUUAUACGCAGUUAAAGUUAGGCAUCAAAUCUACUGAGCAAUCAUACAAGUGAGUUAUGCAUGCUAUGUUACUCAUACGGCAUGGUGUACUAUGUACUAUGAAUUUGAGGCAUAACUUUAACAGCGUAUAACUUUUAAAAGAAAGGUUUUAAGAAAAAAAUUAUUAAGAGAUUUUUUGUAGAGCAGAAAAUUGAGUAUUGAAAUGUCACUUCUUCAAUGUUGUAGGUUUAUUUGUUUUGAGGAAAAAACGUAUUGCAAAAAUAUUAAAAAAUCUCAUGUAAAAUAUAGGGGAGAAGUAGAAUGAUUUAGACACGAUUUAAAUUCAAAAUAAAGCACUUUUACAUUGUUAUAUUUUCUUUAGUGCAAAAACUGAAAUUUCGCAGGCCGUUUGCAAAAAAAUAUCAACUUAUGAAAUAAUGAGCACCAUAGCGUAUAUACAUUUAUAUGCAUGAAAGCUAAAAUGCAAAAAGAAAAAAGAAAACAAAUUAAAAAAUAUGUUAUACAACUUGUAAAAUUAAACAUCAAUAUACAUAAUGAAUAUUUAUUUAUGCAUAUUUGCGAAACAACUUGCACUACUAACAAAUAACGCGUACUAACAUUAUAUACAGCAAACGAGAAUCAUUAAUUAUUAGCAUAUUAGGAGCAGAAAGCAAAUAUACUGCAUUGAUAAGUAUAAAUAAAUGUUUUUGCUAGUUUACUAAGUGUGUUAAGAGAUUUACUUUAUAGAAUUAUAACAAUUAGCUACAUAUAAACAAAAGUAUAUAUAUAGUAUAUAGUAUGCACAUAUAAUCAUAACGGUGUUUAUAUAGUUGCAUAGUUGACACAAUAAAAACGAGGAAUGAAACAGAAUAAACGAAAGCCAACACAGCCAAAGGGCAGCAAAAAACAAACAAAAAAAUAAAAUAAAAUAAAAAAAGAGCUAAAUACCCAAAAAAGCAAAAAAGCAUAAAAUAAUAAAUGAAGUAAUGAAGAAGUAAAGUGUAUAGCUAUUGCUAAGAAAACACCAAAAUUUGCAUGUAAUGGUCAGUACAGUUGCGCCGCAUUGCUCUAUGAAGUUGAUAUAUAUACAUAUAUACAUACAUAUUAUGUAUAUAUAAUGCUGUAAUGUUAAUUUGUAAUGAAUGCCAAGCACAGGCAUGUUUUUUGUAAAAGUAAUUGAUUAUCAAUUAGAGAAUUAGUUAGAAGCCGUUAUUUUUUACUCAUACCUUUUUGUUUGUGUUUUUGUUUUUGUUUUUCAUAUAUGCUUUGUAAAUAAUUGCACAUAAUACAUAAUUGAUCUCAUUUCAUUACAUUUAAUUGCUAAUUUCAAAUUGAAUUAAUUAAUUUAAAAUGAAAAUAAUUUCAAAUUGAAUUAAUUGCAGCACAUAAAUUGUUGUUAAUAAAAAAAAGUAAGAAGGGUUGCUUAAGCUUCUUAAUACUAAUAGAGCUAAAUAUGACUAGACGAUUUACGCAUAGUAUUUAUUGUUAUUUGUAUUUUUUAGGAGUUAAUGUGGCGCAAAUGUGGCCGCUUGAAAUGUAUUAUUCAAAACUAUUACGAAAUAAAUAUAUAAACACAAGCGUGUAAUACAAAUUGUACACAAGAA